AUGGUGCUCUAUCUCUUCCUCAACCAAAGCUGUCAAUUUAUUUGCGGCCUCAGGCCUCCUCUUCUUCAGCCAAACGGCAACCCCGCCAUCCCCGCACGUGAUCCAACAGCGCGGCGGCACUCGGACCCGACACUGACUCUCUAUCCAACUCCAUCCAUCCCAUCGCUACAACCAGACCUCAGUCCGAUGUCAAAGACUCAGAAGAACAGUACAAUGUAUGCCGUGAAUCAGCAGAAACCGAAUCUGCAAAUUGUGUUCUCAGAUGCCCGGGAAGACCAAAAGCAUGCACCACAGCACCGUGUAUUUACAUCUCUCUAUUGA